AUGACGAAGGCGUUGAAACUAUUUAAAAACGCAAUAUGUCCAUAUUCUCAACGUGCUAUGAUUAUGGCAAAAGAGAAACAACUUACUGUGGAAGAAGUGGAUAUUCCUCUUGGAGAUGAUAAACCAAAGUGGUACAAGGAUAUUAACCCACGUGAGACAGUACCAACACUUCAGGUUGAUGGAAAGCGUUUUGUAUAUGAGUCAGAUCUUAUUAUGCGUUACCUUGCCGGUAUUACCGCAGACAAAAAUAAUUUGUUGGGUUCUACACCUUAUGAACGCCACCGCGUGGAGUUUUUCAUGUCUCAGGUUAGUGACCUUAUUGGAGCAUACUUUACUCUGAGUGAAGAUCCUUUUAAUGAGGCAAAACGAAAAGCGGUAGAUGACAAUACUGAAUAUAUUGAAGCUAUUGUUGCUGAACAGCAAAACGAAGGACCAUACUUUCUUGAUAAAACAUUUUCCAUCGCUGAUAUUACGGUAUUACCUUUCUUUAUUCGUUUCCACCCAGUUUUAAGUUACUAUGCCGGUUACGAUAUAUUUACGAAGGCUCCUCGCAUGAAGAGAAUGUUUUUCGAAUCUAUUAAGCGACCUUCUGUAAAGGAAACAACACUAAAUCCAGAAGAUUACAUUGUUGCCUUUAAGACACAUGUACCAUCAUCACACCUUACAUGGCCACUCGCCCCAAACCAUGUAUUAUUUGUUAAUAUGAUGUGUCCUUUUGCCGAUCGUCCACGGCUAGCAUGUGCGGUAAAAAAUAUUGAUUUCCCCAUUGUUGAAAUUGAUUUGAGUAAAAAGCCCAAAUGGUACUCAUGGAUUAACUAUCGUGAGACUGUACCAACAUUACUUACACCGCAAGGUUCUUAUGUUCAUGAAUCUCAGCCUAUUGUUCACUACAUUGAUGAACAAUUUCCAGAGAAAGGUCCACAACUUCUUCCCAAGGAUGCAGAUGGUUCCUAUUAUGUAAGAUUUGCUGAAUCUAAUGCCAGUUAUUUUCAUAGUGCCAUGUAUGGUCUCAUGAAGAAUCCACAAGACAAGGGUGCAAAGGAAGAUAUUGAGUGGGUGGGUAGUGAAUUAGAAAAGCAACUAAAAGAACAACACUUUGGUGCAGGACCCUUCUUUGGCGGUAAUAAAAUGAAUGCCGCUGAUGUCUAUGUUCUCCCCAUGCUGGUACGGAUGAAGGCGUGUGCACCAGAGUUGACUGGUGGUUACGAUUUCUUCGCCAAACACAAAUUACUUGAAGCCCUUGUGGACGCUGGUCUCGCAUCGGAGGCGGGUAAGAAGGUCUUCCUUCCACUGCAGGAGUACCACAAUCUAUACAAGGCAAAGUUUGGUACCUCUUCAUAA